AUGCUUAGCACAAUUUAUACAGAAACAAAGCAAUUUUCAGAAAAAUGUGGUAUUCAGCAAGAAGUAAAAGAUGCAUCAAUUAGCUAUGCAGAACAAAUUGUUAAAAAUUUGUUAGAUCCAGAACAUAAUCAACCCGUGAAAGACUUUGAAGGAAUUAAAUUUACCAAUCAAUCACCUGAUCAAGAUGAAUUCAUUUUCGUUCAUGAUUUCUUUAAGACAUCACAUUUAGAUUUUCCAUCUCAAAUUCUUGCAUUCGAAUCACAGCAUCCUGGAUUUAAAUAUAGUCGCAGGGAAGUAUGUCAGCGAUUUGGCCUGAAUACAAAUGAUGACGCUCCGUUAUUAGUUCAGCUUAUCAAGAUGAGGCAACAAUACCAAAACUUAUGCUGA